CAGCACACAGAGUACAAACUGUGCGGAACAUAGAGAGAGAAAACUGUGGACACAGACCAAACUACAAACCCACACAACUUCAUCCUAACUGGUGCACAAUGGAAACAGAGAAGAAGACUCAGACAGCAGCAGAGCAGAUGACUGACAGGGAUCUGUCAGAACAAAUCAAACAGGUGACAAGGGAGAGUCACGUCAGGGCAGAAAACACAGAACUGAUGCUGAGCUUCCAGAGGGGAAAAGUCUCCCUGCCACAGUACAAGCUCCUCCUGUGCUCGCUGUACGAGGUCUACCAGGCCUUGGAGGAAGAGCUGGACAGGAACUCCGACCACCCUGCUGUUGCUCCCAUUUACUUCCCGGCUGAACUGGCCAGACUGGAGGCCAUCGAGAAAGAUCUGGAAUACUUCUACGGCCCGGACUGGAGAGAGAAGAUUGUCGUCCCUGCAGCCACUAAGAGAUACUGCCACAGACUCAGACAGAUCGGUAAAGAGAACCCUGAGUUCCUGCUGCCCCACGCUUACACUCGGUACCUCGGUGAUCUGUCUGGAGGGCAGGUCCUGGGUCGCAUCGCCCAGAAGUCCAUGGGCCUAAAGGGCAGCGAGGGUCUGUCCUUCUUUGCCUUCCCCGGUGUGUCCAGCCCCAACCUGUUCAAACAGCUGUAUCGCAGCCGGAUGAACAGCGUGGAGCUGACGGAGGAGGAGAGGAACGGCGUGCUGGAGGAAGCCGUCAGAGCGUUUGAGUUAAACAUCCAGGUCUUUGAUGAUCUGCAGAAGUUGCUGCUGAGUGUCAAUGAAAACAGCCUUCACACGUGUUCGACACACUCCAAACCAGUAAACACACUUCAGAUGCCCGGAGUCAUCGUGAAAAGUACGCCACUGCUGCGCAUGGUGCUGGGACUUUUUGUGGCUCUGGCCACAGUCAGUAUGGGAAUCUAUAUUUUCUAGAGAAGAUACACAAGAAGAAAUACUAUGUAAUUAUCUGUUGUUGUUACUGUAAGACCAUUAAAAACUGUAAAAUUUUACAUUUUAAGUGAAAAAAUACUGUAUAUUUUUGUAAUUUAACUGCAACCCACACAAGGUUUAGUGUCAUGAUUUAUCAACUCUUCUAUUUCAACACUGCUGUAGUGUUAGACAGUGUACAUUAAAAUGUGCAAUGUGUGUUUUUAAUACUGUAAAUAAGUCACAUUUUUUAAUAAAAUAUU